AUGGAUUUACCUGAUAAUAUACCUGGUACAUUUCCCGAAUCGAUCUCAAAGACCACCAUAAGAACCGAUUCUUCUUUACUAGACUCUCCGCCUCAAACACCACCACUGUCACUAUCACCACCACAACAACAAUCACCUCAUGUGAUGGCGGAUCCUGUUUACAGAUCCCCACAAUUAACCACCUCCGCAGCGGUUCAGCAACGCAGACGCCUCCAACAGCGACCACCCCGAAUUAUGACGAUUGCAGAUGAGCGGCCACCUUCCAGACAAGCCUUACUCUGGGGACACUUUAAAUAUAUGACUAUUGCCUUUGUUCGAUUUGCACUCAAGCACAGUCAUCUCGCUCUGCUCAUCAAUCUUUUCCAUCACUCGUGGAAUGCACGUUCAUUCCUUGUGUCUGCACGACACUCCAGAAUAGACAGAGACAGGCUGGGAACCAUGGGAUCCAUGCACCUGGCGUUUGCUGUCCUAAGCGGGCUCACCUUGAGGGACCGUAAAAAGACCACAGAACAUUCGGCCCUCUUGGUCCUGACAAUUGCUGCUCUGGGACAGGCAUGGUCCCAUAUAGCAACAAUAAUGAGCUGGACAAAAGGGUUUGGUGGUAGUAUUAAUAGAAGCAGUAAUGGUGGUGGUGGUGGUGGUAUGAUUAAUGGAGGAGGACCCCUUACAAUGCAACUUGGUUCAUUCUUGGAUAGUCUUGUUUUGGGUGUAACUGCUGUAGCAUUUUACCAAGCAGAAGGAAACUUUAGUACCUAA